AUGGCUCCAAAGAAGAUGCGGCUCGAUGUAGGAGCCGUCCCAACGAUCUUCGGAGCAACUUCUGGCGACAAUGGUCUUAACAUCAGUAACGAAUCUGAUGUGCAUAAUUCCGAGGUCACAGAGGUGACAAGCAGCAACGCCAUGGAGAAUCAUGGGCUACAAAGGUGUCUUGCAUUUCCCGAGGUGCAUGACAUAGUAGUAGACAUGCUUGUCACGGAUCGGCACACAGGCAUCAAAGCCAUGAUGAGAGACUUGUGCCCCCACAUUAAGCAUCGAUUUGUUGUGUGGCAUGUUGCCAAAGGUAUCAAGAAGAAACUUCUUGCUCUCGGUCGCGCAGCAAAGCAUCAGGUGGUGCAGCUGUGGAUCGAGAGUAUAGUUCGGCAUGCCUAUUGGUGCCCCAAAACCAGUGGGGAUGAUGGUGAACUGUGCCGGGCUAAAUGGGUGUCCUUGAUGAACCAUAUCGUUGAUGUCCAUCAACACGAAGACCCCUGGUACCCUGUCUGCUACCACGGGCCAGUGUCCCCACCAAGGGAAUGGCUGAAGGAAGAAAGUGAGACCUACAUGCGCGUGCAUGAUAUACUGAUGGCUCCUACACUUCUGAAAGACAUUCCGAUGCUGUCAUCUACAAAUCAGACAUUUGGCCUGGAAGCAUUUCAUAGCGUUCUCCUUCAUUUUCUGCCAAAAACACAUGGCUUCUCAGAUGCUGGAAUGCGUGCAAGGUAA